CGUCGACUUACGCGCCCGCUCGAACGUCGCGAACGCGUCAUGCCCAUCUUCUGAACCAUCAAAACGGCCGCCGACGGCGCGAUGUACGCCGUCGGCGCGACCGAUAAGCUGCAAGGCACCGGCGUGUGGAGCUUCAUCAAGGCUGAGCGCGACUCCGGCGCGAACAAGGCGGCGAAUAAGACGAAGCGACCGGAGCAAAAGAAGAAGACGCCGCAGCGCUUCCCCGGGGGGAAGUGA